AACUUGCAUAGCGAGUGACGUUGAACGCGUCAAAUUAAAUUCAGACACCGAAUCACGAACCUUUUUUCUCUCUUUUCUUUUAUUUCGAAUGCUAGAAGAACUUGAGAGAUUAUCGAAUGUUAUUGCUUCUUAUCGACCUGGAGAGGAUCAAAAGCCUCUUGUUCUCUGUAUUCGAAAACUAAAACGAUUUAUUCUCGAUGAUGCAAAGGAAAUAACUAUUUGGGUUUAUGACACACUCAAAUCAAGAAAGAGCAUGGCAGCACAAAUGACAGAUCCUUUAGAUCAAGCAUUACUUGACUUGAUCAAAGAUAUUAUCCUUUUUGAAAAAGCAGUGAAUUGUAUAGAUUCAUUAGACACUUUAUUUAAACAUGUACAAGUGGAAUCAACAAGUAUGGUUUGGCUCCUAUGUCUUGUUGGAGAAAAAUUACCCCAGAUUGUUACUCGUCGAAUUCAUCAACUGUUUAUUCUUGGAAAUGUCUCCUACAAUAACCCUUAUUUGGGAACAUCUGCAAGUGCAACAGAUCACAGCCAAAAGAAUUUAGUCUACAUAAGCAAUUGUCUAUUUAUUCACUUGCUCAAUGGUCAUAAGCAGAUAGUGAUAGAUUCUGUUGUUGAGUUAUUUCAAGACUAUCUGGGCUGGAUUGAACACAAUCAACCCUUGACAACAGAUUUACAAAAAUUUACCUUAUCUUAUUUAUUGUUCCUGCCAAAAACCUCGGCUAUGUUGUUUAAAGAGUCUUGGUCUAUUCUUUUUAGACUCUUAUGUGACCACGGAGUUGCAGGAACUAUCUUUCUUUAUGAAAAGACAUAUCAAUCAUCCUUGAUUAAGAUAGACGACAAGCUUCAAACCAUUGCUUCUAUUUUCCCCCGUUGGCUUAAAUCAGUUGCUUUUGAACAGAAUGGAUUGUUUAUGAAGCAUGCUAUGGAUGUAGCCAUUAUGCUGGAUACACUCAUUCAUGAUUCUCGCUUAGACUUGAAGCAUCUUGUUCCGACAGGAGGAAGGUCUAUGAUCGACACACUUAAACCUUCUUUUGAACAAUUAGACUUGAAACCUUCUUCUAUUGACCUAGUUGGAUGGACCAUGACACUCUUUUCUUCAGACAAAAGACCUUCGAGGGGCACACAUGAUCUUCAAAUCCCUCUUUUUCUUUUACAGCUGGAUUUUUUUAAUGAUACUAAAAAAGAAGAAGCUAUCCAGAUGUUUGUUCAAUUGAUUACCCGAGUAGAUCAACCCAUAGACGAAGCAUCUGCUGAUGGUAUACGCUAUUUUAUUCUUGACCUUGUUUCUUCUGCAGAGGCAAAAUGGCCAGACUUAUUUCAAUUUGUACUAGAACAGAUCUUUUCAAAAGCGAUUGCGAUGCAUAUUGCAGAUAAUGAAGGAUCUGUCAAUAUUGAGAAAAUCCUGGGUAAUCUAGCCAUGUUGUUUGCACCUUUUGAAGGAGACAAACCAGGUUUUGAUGCUUUUCAGAAAUACAUGGUAAAUCACUGGCGUCAAGUGUCUCUAUUGUUCUUGAACCAUCCUUCCAUUCAAUGCAGGGCUAUGGGGUAUCGUGUCUUGACUCAUUCUCGUUUUUGGCAGCAUAUCGCUACGGAGGAAUUUACGACUGUCUCUAAAUUGUUGAUGGAUGCUUGGUUUAGACAUAUUAAGGGACGUUAUCUCCGAGUCAAUCUAGAGGAGGAAUUGUGCGUGAUUGAAGAACAACAAAAACUAAUCUCCUGUUGUUGUCAAAAUACAGAAUUAGCGAAAACCAUGUUGUGCUUUACGAUGGACUGUAUCUUAGGAGGUGCUUUGGAAAUCUUUCCUUCCAUGGAUACAGUGUCCAUUCAACAAGAACGACAAAGUCUCCUUGACCAAGUCACUCAGCAUGACUAUUUGCCACCGCCCAUGCCUACUUCAAAACCACCUCAGUUUAUCACUUGCCUUUCAUGGACUCAGGAUAUAAGAGACUGUGUCUAUACAGACAAUAUCGCAAGAACAGCUUCUUUAUUUAACGGACUCUCUACGGACAUCAACCACCAUGUCUUGUCCCAUUUACUAAGACUAUGGCAACCUAUCUCUGUCUCGUUUAACACGUACCAUGAUGUCCUGCCUAUGAAUAUACCCUAUCAAAACGACAUUAUGAUCGGUGGUGCAUUUAAAGACCACCCUGUCUUGUUUCUCAUCUUGGAAAAAUACAGCAUGGCUCAAACAAGAGACAUGGUACGCAGCAUUCUAGUCUAUUUUAUUGUGUUUUGGCACAUGAAAGAAGUCGUGAAUGUACCUACCACACUUAGUUUUGCCACCCAGCUAGAAGAAACCAUACGGCUGGUGGCUUUUAUGAAGCCUAUCUUACCCGAGUUUCUGGUGAAUACCCAUCCGUUGUUUCCGUUUAUGUCUGCUAAAGAUUUAGGUGAUAUUUUGUUUCGUAUGAUUUGGGAUUAUCUGAGUUGGCAAUCUGCCCAGCAUAUUCCAGGCAUUACACAACACAUGUCGCCACAAGACCAGGAAGCAAGAAUGGACAAGUAUAGAAAGACCAUGUUGGCCAUGUGCCAACAACGCCUUGUCGUAUUAGAAAAGGCGCCUCAAUGGCAUCAAGCCUUAUCAAAAGCCAUGUCUACUCUUUUUCAAUAAAUUUUUUUUCUUAUUUUCUGGAGUCCCCUGAGCGCGACAUCAAACGAAAAAGGGCUCUU